GACCCAGCGUUUCCCAGCGCUGCGGUCGCUCUCCGGCAGCCCUCGGCUCCAUGCCGGCUCCGCGGGGUCUCCGGGGCCACGGGGGUCCCUGCGCCCCGAUGUCUUUGUGCCGAGCUCGGCGCGGGAACACCCGCCCGGGGGCCCGGGGUGCCGCGGAAAUGCUAAGAAUUCGGGAGAGGCGCGGACGCUAGGGAAGGAAACGCCCCGCACAGUCGCCGUCCCGCGGAGAGAAAAAAAAAAAAAAGUAGAAAAAGAGGCUUUUCAGGUCAAACUCCUCGGGUCUGAGAAACCACGUUUUAGAGACACGACUCGCGGGGGGAGAACACACGGUGCGCGGGGGUCAUUGUGAGCCAGCGCGGCCCGGAGCGCCGUGGGUGCGCGGCCUCCGCCCCCCGCCCGGGCACCCGGCGCGGGCCCACGUGGAGCAGCGCGGCACCCGCUGAGCGCGCCGGGCGCCCGGGUCCCGGAGUGCGCGCCCCAGCUCCCCGCUGCGGCCGUUCACGCCCGAGCGCCACCGCUCGUCCCGCGUGUGCCCCGCUGAGGGGGAGGGGCGGGCCAAGGGUGGGGGCGGAGGGGUUGUGGUUCUAAUGCGGCGGGGGCUCCUGUGUCCUUGUGCGGAAAUGACACACGGAGUCCCGUCACGUCACGCGAGAGCGCAGCGCACGGACACACACAAAGAGGGGAAAAUACACGGCGCCCGCUCGCCGCCCCCAGCAACUCCCCGGGCCGCCCCGGCCAGGCCCUCCGCGCGCGUCCCCCACCACCCGGACCUGCGCUACCCCGCACCCCACGUGGCGCCAAACUCGGCGCGGACCCGCUCUGUAAAGUACAGAACUCGUGUCCCAGUGGAAUAGAAGAUGAACUCAGCUGAAUUCAGUGAAGAUGUAGAAGAAGUUCUAAAAAAUAACACUGUGAAAGUGGAGGCGGAGGCUGAGGAUGCUGCCCUGGACUGCUCAGUGAAUUCCAGGUCUUCGGAGAAGCACCUUCUAGACGGUGUCUUCAACACCCUCCAGGACGCCAGCAAGCGCAAGCAGCAGCUCAGCGAGGGUCAGCCAGACUCUGUCUCCAGCGUGAAGAGGCGGCGGCUGAUUCCCGAGGCGCUCCUGGCAGGCAUGAGGAACCGGGAGAACAGCUCACCCUGCCAGGGCAACGGGGAGCAGGCCGGCAGGGGCAAGCACUUGGUCUCCGCGUGGCCGGGUGAGGAGGAGCCCUGCCAUGACGCGACCACCCCCUCCUACAAGAAGCCUCUGUACGGCAUCUCACACAAGAUCAUGGAGAAGAAGAACCCGCCGGCGGGCGACAUGCUCAGCACGUAUGAGCUCUUGGAGAAGGCAAACCCCAGCAACAGCCCCUCACCGCUGCGGCUCCUGAACGAGACGCAGAAGCGGGACAGUGGCAGUGCGGCCUCGGCCACCGCCGACGGCGACCCCAACAUCUACUUCCUGCUCCAGAAGAUGUUCUACAUGCUCAACACACUCUCCUCCAGCAUGUCCCAGCUGCACAGCAAGGUGGACCUGCUGUCCCUGGAGGUGAGCCGCAUCAAGAAGCAGGUGAGCCCCACGGAGAUGGUGGCCAAGUUCCAGCCGCCCCCCGAGUACCAGCUGACGGCCGCCGAGCUCAAGCAGAUCGUGGACCAGAGCCUGUCGGGCGGGGACCUGGCCUGCCGCCUGCUGGUGCAGCUCUUCCCCGAGCUCUUCAGCGACGUGGACUUCUCUCGCGGCUGCAGCGCCUGCGGCUUCGCAGCCAAGCGGAAGCUGGAGUCGCUGCAUCUGCAGCUCAUCCGCAACUACGUGGAGGUCUACUACCCCUCCGUGAAGGACACGGCCGUGUGGCAGGCAGAGUGCCUGCCUCAGCUGAACGACUUCUUCAGCCGCUUCUGGGCCCAGCGGGAAAUGGAGGACAGCCAGCCAGCGGGCCAGGUCGCCGGCUUCUUUGAGGCUGAGCCGGUGGAUGCCGGCCACUUCCUGGACAGCAAAGACCAGGAGGAGGCCCUGUCCUUGGAUCGGAGCAGCACCAUCGCCUCGGACCACGUGGUGGACACGCAGGACCUCACCGAGUUCCUGGACGAAGCCUCCUCGCCCGGAGAGUUCGCGGUCUUCCUGCUGCACCGGCUUUUCCCCGAGCUCUUUGACCACCGGAAGCUGGGUGAGCAGUACAGCUGCUACGGGGACGGCGGCAAGCAGGAGCUGGACCCGCAGAGGCUGCAGAUCAUCCGCAACUACACGGAGAUCUACUUCCCGGACAUGCAGGAGGAGGAGGCCUGGCUGCAGCAGUGCGCCCAGCGCAUCAACGACGAGCUGGAGGGGCUGGGGCUGGACGGGGGCAGCGAGGGCGAGCCCCCGCGGGACGACUGCUACGACUCCUCCAGCCUGCCCGACGACAUCUCCGUGAUCAAGGUGGAGGACAGCUUCGAGGGCGAGCGGCCCGGCCGGCGGUCCAAGAAGAUCUGGCUGGUGCCCAUUGACUUCGACAAGCUGGAGGUCCCGCAGCCCGACUUCGAGGUGCCUGGCGGCGACUGCCUGCUCAGCAAGGAGCAGCUGCGCAGCAUCUACGAGAGCAGCCUGUCCAUCGGCAACUUCGCCUCGCGCCUGCUGGUGCACCUCUUCCCCGAGCUCUUCACCCACGAGAACCUGCGCAAACAGUACAACUGCAGCGGCUCCCUGGGCAAGAAGCAGCUGGACCCGUCCCGCAUCAAGCUCAUCCGCCACUACGUGCAGCUGCUCUAUCCCCGGGCCAAGAACGACCGCGUCUGGACGCUGGAGUUCGUGGGCAAACUGGACGAGCGCUGCCGCCGCCGGGACACGGAGCAGAGGCGCUCCUACCAGCAGCAGCGCAAGGUCCAUGUGCCAGGCCCCGAGUGCAGGGACCUGGCAAGCUAUGCAGUCAACUCCGAGAGGUUCCGAGAGGAAUUCGAAGGACCCCCGCUGCCCCCCGAAAGAAGUAGCAAAGACUUCUGCAAGAUCCCGCUGGACGAGCUGGUGGUCCCCUCGCCCGACUUCCCCGUGCCUUCGCCGUACCUGCUGUCAGACAAGGAGGUGCGCGAGAUCGUGCAGCAGAGCCUCUCGGUGGGCAACUUCGCCGCGCGGCUCCUCGUCAGGCUCUUCCCCGAACUCUUCACGGCCGAGAACCUCCGGCUGCAGUACAACCACUCGGGGGCCUGCAACAAGAAGCAGCUGGACCCCACGCGGCUCAGACUCAUCCGCCACUACGUGGAGGCGGUGUACCCCGUGGAGAAGAUGGAGGAGGUGUGGCAUUACGAAUGUAUCCCCAGCAUCGACGAGCGAUGCCGCCGCCCCAACAGGAAAAAAUGUGACAUCCUGAAGAAAGCCAAGAAGGUGGAGAAGUGACGGUGCCCUGGGGCCCGAGCCUUCCUUCGGAGCACGUGUAUGGUAUCCACAGACACGCACCUUAUGGCAGUGGGAAGUGGCUUACUACUUUUGCACACAAACACCCACCCAACCACAAGAACGAAGCCUUACAUUUGGUCUCUCUUACUUCCGACCUGUGUCCCGAGUUCCCCAGGGGUGCAGCCAGAUUGGGGAUGGCUGAGCUGUGAGAGCCGAGGCCUCAGGAGCAGGCUUCUCUCUCCUGGCUGUCCUCCCCUUCUUCUCAAUUUGAAACACAAAUUCAGCAACUCUUGUUCCUCUUCCCACAUUUUACAUCUUCCAUUUUUAUCAAUUGUUUUUUUAAUUAAAAGGAAACCCUUUUUUUUAAAAGAUCAUUUGGGCUCUUUGGGGGCCAAUUUGCUUAGGG